AUGCCGAGGAGGAGGCCGCGCAGCUGCGCGCGCGAGGAGGCGGAGCGAGAGGCGGCGUCCGCGGUGGCCGAGCUGGCGGCGCGCAAGCACCAGCACGUCGAGGAGGCGAGGCUGACGGGCGAGGAGACGGACGCUGCGAUCCGAGCACUGCGGGCGCAGCUCCGAGACGCGCGGGAGCAGCACGAGCGCUCUGCGGCGGAGGCGGAGGCGCUGCUCGGAGAGCAAGAGGAGCUGAGCCGCCGCUACCGCCACGAGGCGACCGAGCUCGCCCAGCGCUCCGAAGGGCUCGUCGUCGAGCUGCGGUCCGAGGCGAGCAGCGAGCGGACUCGCGCCGUCGACGCGGAGCUCCGCGCGGCGCGGCAGGAGCUGUCGCGGCUGCGCGGCGCAGAGGCGCAGCACAGGGCGACGGCGCACGCGUGGGCGUACGAGCGCAAGCAGCUGCUUCGGCAGGCGGACGGGCCGCCGCGCAAGAGCCGCAAGGAGGACCCGCACGCGGCGGCGGUGCGGCAGGUGGAGAAGGCGAUGGCGCGGGCGAGGGUCGCGCAGCAACAGCAGCAGAAGCGCGUGCCGCCGCAGCCGCGGCUGCAGAGCCAGGCAGUGCAACAGUGA